UUUUUUUUUUUCCAAUUCAUUAUUACUUUUCCUCUUUUUUUUUUUUUUUUUUUUUUUUUGUUUCUUACCAUCUUUUAAUUGUUAAUAUUGUUCGAUUAUAUGAAAUUAUUUGUUACUGUUGGUUCUACAGGUUUUGAUGAUCUUGUCAAUGAAGCUACUACAUCUGAAUUCUUAUCUAAUAUAUAUGCUUUGGGGUUUACUAGUCUGUUAAUACAAUAUGGAUCAUCAAAAAAAGUUUUUUUGAAGAACAUGGACAAUUACAAAAAGGAUCAAGUUGAUAUUCAAGGAUAUGAUUAUAAACCAUUCAUUGAUCAGGAUAUACAAGCAGCUGAUAUGGUCAUUAGUCAUUCUGGAUCAGGAACCAUAUUACAAGCAUUACGAAUGAAGAAAAAGUUGAUUGUUAUUGUCAAUGAUUCACUUUUGGAUAAUCAUCAAGCAGAGCUGGCUCAAGCAAUGGCGGUUAAACAAUACGUGAUUUAUGGUGAUAUUAGAGACUUAUCGAAUACUGUCAAGAAGGCAACAACACAAAAACUCGAUAUAUUUCCAGAUCCAAAUCCAACAUUAUUCGCCAGUACUUUGAACAAGACUAUGGGAUUUAUUUGAACCUAAUUAUUAAUUACGAUACUUUUUAUUACUUUUUUAUUCCAAUUGACAUCUACCGUACAUUCCAUUCAAAACAUGAUCUCUAUUACAUUAGUUUAAAUAUUCCCCAUUGUAUAUCCAUAUUCCGUCCAUAUAAUAAAAUAUAUUCUGUACAAGUUCUUUUGAUAGUUUUUUUUUUUAUUAUUAUUAUUUCUAUAAACAAAAUCUAACUAGAAAAAGAAUAUCACAUAAAAUACACAUCGAAGGGAAGGGAAAAAUGAAGAUGAUCAAAUAAUAUAAAGUAAAAAAAAGGAAAAAUGAAGAUGAUCAAAUAAUAUCAAGUAAAAAAAA